UAUAUCCUCCAUCACCAAUCAAUUACAUUACAUAAUCUAAAAAAUUAGUGUAAAACGUGGGUGGUACAUAAUUUUUCGUAGUAAUAAAACGAUAAAUAAUAAAAUAAAACCAGUUAAAAACAGCAAAAACCCCAGUCCUCUUGUCGUUAGCAUUCCUCUGCUCGACAAUGGCGUGGUGUUGGACGAACCUGUCCGUCACUUAUCUCUCUCUCCUCUUCCGCUUCAUUGUGGCCGUCGGGUGGACCGUGGAUCUACGAACCACGCCGGAAGGCUACCUCCAGGUACUUCCGGGUGCAGCGUUCAAGAUCUCUCUGUUUGCUGACCUGCACUUUGGCGAGAACGCUUGGAACGAUUGGGGUCCUCAACAAGAUGUCAAUUCUCUGAAAGUCAUGUCCACUGUACUUGAUUUAGAAAACCCAGAUUUUGUAAUUUAUCUUGGGGAUGUCAUCACGGCUAAUAACAUGGCAAUUGCAAAUGCAACCUUGUAUUGGGAUCAAGCAAUCUCUCCAACAAAAGCCAGAGGCAUACCAUGGGCAAGUCUGUUUGGAAACCAUGAUGAUGCACCAUUUGAGUGGCCAAUGGAGUGGUUUUCGGCCAGUGGGAUUCCUCAACUUCAGUGCCCUGCAUCAAGGUCUUCUUACUCAGAUAUUGCAGAAAAGAAACAAUUUAGAAUUUCUCACUUGAAACAAUUGCUCCAAAAGUAUUUCAUAUUGCAUUCCCUCAAGCAAAGUCAAACUACAAUGUCAGGUGAACAACAUUGUAGCUUCAGAGGCACACGACGUUUAGAGCUGAUGAGAAAUGAGAUUGCGCACAACACAUUAUCAUACUCUAGAGCUGGUCCUAAGGAGCUUUGGCCAAGCAUAUCCAACUAUGUUCUUCAACUCUCAUCAUCAAAUGAUUCCAAAUCACCAGUGGCAUUCCUGUACUUUAUUGAUUCCGGUGGUGGUACCUAUCCAGAAGUUGUAUCAAGAAGUCAAGCAGACUGGUUCCAGAGAAAAUCCCAUGAGCUUAACCCUGAUUCAAGGGUGCCCGAGAUAAUCUUCUGGCAUAUACCAAGUAAAGCCUAUGAGAAGGUGGCUCCAAUGCUUCUGUUUAUGUCGUCGUGUGUGGGUUCCAUUAACAAAGAGAGAAUUGCUCCUCAACAAGCUGAAAUGGGCAUUAUGAAACUUCUUGAAGGCAGGCCGUCUGUCAAGGCAGUGUUUGCAGGUCACAACCAUGGAUUAGACUGGUGCUGCCCUUACAAGAAACUAUGGCUGUGUUAUGCUAGGCACACCGGGUACGGUGGAUAUGGAAACUGGCCUAGGGGAGCUAGAAUUUUGGAGAUCACUUCGCAGCCCUUCUCCCUCAAAUCAUGGAUAAGGAUGGAAGAUGGUAAUUCGCAUAGUGAAGUUAUCUUGAGCUCUUAAAGUGUUUCCUUUAUAUUUAUUUAAUUUUCUUCCAAGGGAACAGUAAAUACUUGAAGAAAAAA